UGGAACAUGUUCUUAGAGCAGUCAGAGUGUUGAAAGCUGAAAUUUAUUUCUGCAGGCAGGGAGCAUUUAACAUGAGAUCCUCAUCUCCAAGGCAAUGAAUGGAGGAGACCUGAAGAGGUAAUGCAAAGUGGCAGACGCGGCCACACCCUAGACUGGCUCAGGUUCCUACAAGUACGCCUACCCUUCCUCUGGUUCAAGGGAAGAAAGCUGCGGGAAGCCACAAGUACCUAAGGCCACAGAGCAGGAACGUUUCCAGUUCCCGGGAGCACAUGCCAACACAAGCUUUCCUAUAAAGAUGACUGUGUAGCAGAAGCUCAGGCUGGGCAAAGCCGGACACCCCCCGCCCCCCUUUACACUUUUGCCCAUCCGUGGCCCUCGCCAUCAUCGAGAGCACUGGGACCAGCUUUAUCCUCGGCAGCCCUGGAGAAGCUUUGGGGGAGACCAGUGUAUCCACGAGCGCGUGUGUGCGUGAGGAGGAGAGCAAAGACGUGAUUACUUCAGAAUUUAUUUAAGGGCCGGUGGAAACCACUGCAGCAGCUUCCAGGGGAAGCCCUUGUUCCAGAGGAAGAGGAGGUGGAGGCUGCCAAGGAGGAGGAGGGGAGGAGACACAGAAGGAGGAGUAGCAGCCGCUUGCAUGAGGCAAGGAUGCUAUAGCAUCCUCACCCAUUCUCAGCAGCAAUGAUGUGUGAAGUGAUGCCCACGAUUAAUGAGGACACCCCAAUGAGCCAACGGGGGUCCCAAAGCAGUGGCUCCGACUCGGACUCCCAUUUUGAGCAACUGAUGGUCAAUAUGCUGGAUGAAAGGGAUCGUCUACUAGAUACACUUCGAGAGACCCAAGAAAGCCUCUCACUCGCCCAGCAAAGACUCCAGGACGUCAUCUAUGACAGAGAUUCCCUCCAGAGACAGCUGAAUUCAGCCCUACCUCAGGACAUCGAAUCCCUAACAGGAGGGCUGACUGGUUCUAAGGGGGCUGAUCCACCGGAAUUUGCUGCAUUGACUAAAGAACUGAAUGCUUGCCGGGAGCAACUUCUAGAGAAGGAAGAAGAGAUCUCAGAGCUUAAAGCCGAAAGAAACAACACAAGACUGUUACUGGAGCACUUGGAGUGCCUUGUGUCACGACAUGAAAGGUCACUGAGAAUGACCGUGGUGAAGCGGCAAGCUCAGUCUCCCUCAGGAGUGUCCAGUGAGGUGGAGGUUCUCAAGGCACUGAAAUCUUUGUUUGAGCACCACAAGGCCUUGGAUGAAAAGGUAAGGGAGCGACUGAGGGUUUCUUUAGAAAGAGUCUCUGCACUGGAAGAGGAACUAGCUUCAGCUAAUCAGGAGAUUGUUGCCUUGCGUGAGCAAAAUGUUCAUAUUCAGAGAAAAAUGGCAUCAAGUGAGGGAUCCACAGAGUCAGAACAUCUUGAAGGAAUGGAACCUGGCCAGAAAGUUCAUGAAAAGCGUCUAUCCAACGGCUCCAUAGACUCAACAGAUGACACCAGCCAGAUAGUCGAGCUCCAGGAAUUGCUUGAAAAGCAAAACUAUGAAAUGGCCCAAAUGAAAGAACGCUUAACAACUCUUUCUUCACGAGUGGGGGAGGUGGAGCAGGAAGCAGAGACAGCAAGAAAGGACCUCAUAAAAACGGAAGAAAUGAACACAAAAUAUCAAAGGGACAUCCGGGAGGCAAUGGCUCAGAAGGAAGAUAUGGAAGAAAGAAUCACAACCCUGGAGAAACGUUACCUCAGUGCUCAGAGAGAAUCUACCUCCAUUCAUGACAUGAAUGAUAAGCUAGAAAAUGAGUUGGCAAACAAGGAAGCCAUCUUGCGGCAGAUGGAAGAAAAGAACAGACAGUUACAAGAGCGUCUUGAACUGGCUGAGCAAAAGUUACAGCAGACCAUGAGAAAGGCGGAAACUCUGCCUGAAGUAGAGGCUGAACUGGCCCAGAGAAUUGCAGCCCUAACAAAGUCUGAUCCAACCUCUUCUACCUCAUCUGAUGAUUAUCAAUAUGUUAUGGAAGCUAAACUCCAAGAAAUGAUCUCCAUACGUAGGAAGGCUGAAGAGAGGCAUGGAAAUAUUGAAGAACGUAUGAGACACCUAGAGGGUCAACUGGAAGAGAAGAAUCAGGAACUUCAAAGAGCCAGGCAAAGAGAGAAAAUGAAUGAGGAACAUAAUAAAAGAUUAUCUGAUACCGUGGACAGGCUUCUGACGGAAUCCAACGAGCGUCUACAGCUGCACUUGAAAGAAAGAAUGGCUGCUCUGGAGGAGAAGAAUGUUUUGAUUCAAGAAUCAGAAACCUUCAGAAAAAAUCUUGAAGAAUCUUUACAUGAUAAGGAAAGAUUAGCAGAAGAAAUUGAGAAGUUAAGAUCUGAACUUGACCAAAUGAAAAUGAGAACUGGCUCUCUAAUUGAACCCACUAUAUCGAGAACGCACCUAGACACAUCGACUGAGUUGCGAUAUUCAGUUGGUUCUCUCGUGGACAGCCAGUCUGAUUACAGAACCACUAAAGUAAUCCGGAGGCCAAGGAGAGGCCGUAUGGGUGUGCGAAGAGAUGAGCCAAAGGUGAAAUCUCUGGGGGAUCAUGAAUGGAACAGAACUCAGCAAAUUGGAGUCCUAGGUAGCCACCCGUUUGAAAGUGACACUGAAAUAUCCGAUAUUGAUGAUGAUGACAGAGAGACCAUUUUUAGCUCAAUGGAUCUUCUCUCUCCAAGUGGCCAUUCCGAUGCCCAGACUCUAGCUAUGAUGCUUCAAGAACAAUUGGAUGCCAUCAACAAAGAAAUAAGGCUAAUUCAAGAAGAGAAGGAAUCUACAGAACUGCGUGCCGAAGAAAUCGAGAAUAGAGUGGCUAGCGUAAGCUUGGAAGGCCUGAAUUUGGCAAGGGUCCAUCCUGGUACCUCCAUCACUGCCUCUGUUACAGCUUCAUCGUUGGCCAGCUCUUCUCCCCCUAGUGGACACUCAACGCCAAAGCUCACGCCAAGAAGCCCUGCUAGGGAAAUGGACCGCAUGGGAGUCAUGACUCUGCCAAGUGAUCUAAGGAAACAUCGGAGAAAGAUUGCUGUGGUGGAAGAGGAUGGACGGGAGGAUAAGGCAACAAUCAAAUGUGAAACUUCUCCUCCACCAACACCCAGAGCCAUCAGAAUGACUCACACGCUCCCUUCUUCCUACCACAAUGACGCCAGGAGCAGUUUAUCAGCCUCCCUUGAGCCAGAAAGCCUUGGCCUUGGCAGUGCCAAUAGCAGCCAGGACUCUCUUCACAAAGCCCCCAAGAAGAAAGGAAUCAAGUCUUCAAUCGGGCGCUUGUUUGGAAAAAAAGAAAAGGCUCGACUUGGGCAGCUUCGAGGCUUCAUGGAGACCGAAGCUGCCGCCCAGGAAUCCCUAGGCUUAGGCAAGCUUGGAACUCAAGCAGAAAAGGACAGAAGGUUGAAGAAAAACACAUCGGGGCAUGAACUCCUUGAAGAAGCUCGUAGAAAAGGAUUACCUUUUGCCCAGUGGGAUGGACCCACUGUGGUCGCUUGGCUGGAGCUCUGGUUGGGAAUGCCUGCUUGGUACGUGGCAGCCUGCCGAGCCAAUGUGAAAAGUGGAGCCAUCAUGUCGGCUCUCUCGGACACGGAAAUCCAGAGGGAGAUUGGAAUCAGCAACCCUCUGCAUCGUUUGAAGCUCAGACUAGCUAUCCAGGAGAUGGUGUCCCUCACGAGUCCUUCAGCUCCUCCUACAUCUCGCACGCCUUCAGGCAAUGUCUGGGUGACCCAUGAAGAAAUGGAAAACCUUGCAGCUCCAGCAAAAACGAAAGAAUCUGAGGAAGGAAGCUGGGCCCAGUGUCCGGUCUUUCUACAGACCCUGGCUUAUGGAGAUAUGAACCACGAAUGGAUUGGAAACGAAUGGCUGCCCAGCCUGGGGUUGCCUCAGUACAGAAGUUACUUUAUGGAAUGCUUGGUUGAUGCACGAAUGCUAGACCACCUCACCAAAAAAGAUCUUCGUGUCCAUUUAAAAAUGGUGGAUAGUUUCCAUCGAACAAGUUUACAAUAUGGAAUUAUGUGCUUGAAAAGAUUGAAUUAUGAUAGAAAAGAGCUAGAGAGAAGACGAGACGCAAGUCAACAUGAAAUAAAAGAUGUCUUAGUGUGGAGCAAUGAUCGAGUUAUUCGCUGGAUACAAGCGAUCGGACUUCGAGAAUAUGCAAAUAACAUCCUCGAGAGCGGAGUGCAUGGCUCACUUAUAGCCCUGGAUGAGAACUUUGACUACAGCAGCCUGGCUUUAUUGUUGCAGAUUCCGACACAGAACACGCAGGCAAGGCAGAUUCUUGAACGCGAGUACAAUAACCUCCUGGCUCUGGGAACUGAGCGGCGACUGGAUGAAAAUGAUGACAAGAAUUUCAGACGUGGCUCGACCUGGCGAAGGCAGUUCCCUCCUCGUGAAGUACAUGGAAUCAGCAUGAUGCCUGGCUCCUCAGAGACAUUGCCUGCCGGAUUCAGGUUAACCACAACAUCUGGGCAGUCAAGAAAAAUGACGACGGAUGUUGCUUCAUCAAGACUGCAGAGGCUAGACAACUCCACUGUUCGCACAUACUCAUGUUGACCAGCCACUCAAAGGAGGCAGCACUGACCUGCUACGUUAUCUUUUCAGUCUACACGACCUAAAGUGUACUACUGCCUACGAAGACAAAUGGAGAAAGCCUUCACGGAGACUGAAUUCUAAGGAAAUAAUAUAAGAAACGGUUUACCAAACGUUAAACGUGAUUUUGGGGGGAAUCAGAUAAUAAGUUUGAUUAGUUUACUAUGAUUGUAAUAAAACGCUUAAAUCAUCUGAAAUAUGAACAUCACCCACAUCAUAAACUCUGUACAUCUGAUGCUUUUAUGAGAUGGAACUAUUCGUUUUUUCAUGUUGUAAUAUAAUAGGCAUUUAUGUAUUACUGUGUAACAUUUCUUUUUAAAUGUGUAAGUCUUCUGUAAAUGGAUAUAAAUAUGAUUUUUUAAAGAAAAAUAAAAUAUAUGGUUCAUGGAGUCUCGAGUGCAAACA